GUGUGGGUGUUUGUUUCUGGCUGUGACCUUGUUUGUUUCUGGCUGUGACCUUUCACCUAGAAGUGUGAGUCAGGAAGUUCAGGUGAUUAGCUGCGGGCGGAGCUAGUCAGAGCUUGGAGUGCAGCGACUGAGGAAGGAGCAGAAGGGCUGCUGCCUCUUGGAUUUGGGUGACUGUUCAGGCUUGUGUGGGUGUUUGUUUCUGGCUGUGACCUUGUUUGUUUCUGGCUGUGACCUUUCACCUAGAAGUGUGAGUCAGGAAGUUCAGGUGAUUAGCUGUGGGCGGAGCUAGUCAGAGCUUGGAGUGCAGCGACUGAGGAAGGAGCAGAAGGUGAGCUGAGCUUGGGAGACACUCUGUAGGUUUUGUGGCUUUGUCUUUUGGGGCUGUGUGUGAGUAAGUUUGUGUGCUUAUCUGUUUUCUUACUUGUUUGUGUGCUUGUGCUGGUUUUCUAGGGCUGCUGCCUCUUGGAUUUGGGUGACUGUUCAGGCUUGUGUGGGUGUUUGUUUCUGGCUGUGACCUUGUUUGUUUCUGGCUGUGACCUUUCACCUAGAAGUGUGAGUCAGGAAGUUCAGGUGAUUAGCUGCGGGCGGAGCUAGUCAGAGCUUGGAGUGCAGCGACUGAGGAAGGAGCAGAAGGGCUGCUGCCUCUUGGAUUUGGGUGACUGUUCAGGCUUGUGUGGGUGUUUGUUUCUGGCUGUGACCUUGUUUGUUUCUGGCUGUGACCUUUCACCUAGAAGUGUGAGUCAGGAAGUUCAGGUGAUUAGCUGUGGGCGGAGCUAGUCAGAGCUUGGAGUGCAGCGACUGAGGAAGGAGCAGAAGGUGAGCUGAGCUUGGGAGACACUCUGUAGGUUUUGUGGCUUUGUCUUUUGGGGCUGUGUGUGAGUAAGUUUGUGUGCUUAUCUGUUUUCUUACUUGUUUGUGUGCUUGUGCUGGUUUUCUAGGGCUGCUGCCUCUUGGAUUUGGGUGACUGUUCAGGCUUGUGUGGGUGUUUGUUUCUGGCUGUGACCUUGUUUGUUUCUGGCUGUGACCUUUCACCUAGAAGUGUGAGUCAGGAAGUUCAGGUGAUUAGCUGCGGGCGGAGCUAGUCAGAGCUUGGAGUGCAGCGACUGAGGAAGGAGCAGAAGGGCUGCUGCCUCUUGGAUUUGGGUGACUGUUCAGGCUUGUGUGGGUGUUUGUUUCUGGCUGUGACCUUGUUUGUUUCUGGCUGUGACCUUUCACCUAGAAGUGUGAGUCAGGAAGUUCAGGUGAUUAGCUGUGGGCGGAGCUAGUCAGAGCUUGGAGUGCAGCGACUGAGGAAGGAGCAGAAGGUGAGCUGAGCUUGGGAGACACUCUGUAGGUUUUGUGGCUUUGUCUUUUGGGGCUGUGUGUGAGUAAGUUUGUGUGCUUAUCUGUUUUCUUACUUGUUUGUGUGCUUGUGCUGGUUUUCUAGGGCUGCUGCCUCUUGGAUUUGGGUGACUGUUCAGGCUUGUGUGGGUGUUUGUUUCUGGCUGUGACCUUGUUUGUUUCUGGCUGUGACCUUUCACCUAGAAGUGUGAGUCAGGAAGUUCAGGUGAUUAGCUGCGGGCGGAGCUAGUCAGAGCUUGGAGUGCAGCGGCGCGCGCCUAGCGGCGCGCGCAUUUUGACCCAUCUUUUUGAUCUAGGGCAGCAAGUCUUACACGUUUGUUAGGGGGGACCUAGGCCUCUUCCUCUUUCCCCCUUGACUUCAAGGUUUUCAAGAUGGAGGUGGAGGGAACAACCGUUGUCACCUGCAAUUCCUGUGCAAUGUUUGUUUUCUUGCCAAAGGAUGUGGGUAGCUACACGUGCAACAAUUGCAAGUUGGUUGCCCUACUAGAAAACAAGGUUGCCCUUCUGGAAGAGAAGGUGCAGCAGCUUCAGGGGCGUGUAUCUACGCUCCAGAGAAUUAAGGAGCUGGAGCUUUUCUUGGAUGCAGCAGAGCACACUGUCUGCACCAAGGAGGAGACAGGGGAUCUCCCUGAGGAGGAGGUCAGUUCCCCAACACAGCAGCCAGAUGUAUGGAGGAACGUGACUCAUAGAAGUAGAAGGCCCAGGGAUCGCUCUGAGUGCUUAGAAUUACACAACCGUUUUGAAGUGCUCAUGGAAGACGAGGAACAGACUCCACCUGAGGAUCUCUCCCUCAUCACAGUUGAUGAGGAAUAUGAAGACGAGCAGCAAAGUCAGUCCUCCGGGAAUAUGCAGGUAACCUUGGAAGGGACAGCACAUGGAAGAAUCCCAACCAAGCCUAUGAAGAGGCGUGUAGUGGUGAUUGGGGAUUCCCUACUGAGGGGUACAGAAGCAGUGAUCUGUGGGCCUGACAAGAUGUCUCGAGAGGUGUGCUGUCUACCUGGGGCCAAGAUCAAAGAUGUAACAGAACGGCUGCAAGGAAUCAUAAAACCCACCGACAAAUACCCCUUCCUUUUGGUGCAUGUGGGAACCAAUGACACUGCAAGCCAUAGCUUACAGAAGAUCAAAAAUGAUUAUGAGGCUCUGGGCAGGAAGUUGAAGCAAUUAGAUGCACAAAUUGUCAUCUCUUCUGUCCUCCCAGUUGAACGACAUGGCCCAGGGAGAGAGGGAAAAAUAGGGGAAGUGAACAACUGGCUUCGCAAAUGGUGCAAACAGGAACGGUUUGGAUUCCUAGAUCACGGUCUGCAGUUUCUUGAAGAUGGACUUCUGGCAAGUGAUGGACUGCACCUCACAAAAGUUGGGAGGAAUGUUUUUGCCACAAAACUCAAAAACCUCAUCAGGAGGGCUUUAAACUGACUUAUGUGGGGGAGGGAGACAGUUGUCCUGAAGGUAGGAGUCUAUCAAAUGCUGAAGAUGAUCAUCCAAAUGUCAAGGACCAAAUGGAGCAAGCAGCAUGCAGACCUAGUGGUGGGACGAAAAUAUCCUUAAAUAAGAGACAUGGGGGAAUGAUCAACGGUCUUCAAUGUCUGUAUACUAAUGCACAGAGCAUGGGAAAUAAACAAGAUGAACUUGAGCUCUUGGUACAGCAAACUAAAUAUGACAUAAUAGGCAUCACUGAAACCUGGUGGGAUGAGUCUCAUGACUGGAAUGUAGUAAUAGAGGGAUACAAUCUAUUUAAGAGAAAUAGACCAAACAGGAAAGGAGGAGGAGUAGCUUUAUAUGUUAGGGAUAUGUAUACCUGUGAAGAGAUCCAGGAUUUAAAACUUCAAAGCCAAAUUGAGAGUAUCUGGGUCAAAAUUAAGGGAGAGAAAAACAACAGUGAUCUCAUUGUGGGAGUUUACUAUAGAUCCCCAAGCCAAACUGAGGACACAGAUGAUGCCUUCCUGGAACAGAUGGCCAAGCAUUCCAAAGGAAGUGAGAUAGUAGUAAUGGGGGAUUUCAACUAUCCUGAUAUUUGUUGGAUGUCAAACUCAGCCAAGAGCAUAAGGUCGAACAGAUUCCUCACUGGCCUUGCAGACAACUUCAUUGUCCAGAAAGUGGGAGAAGCAACAAGAGGAUCAGCCAUUUUAGAUCUGGUCCUAACCAAUAGUGAUGACUUGGUUAGUGGGGUAGAAGUGGCAGGAUCAUUAGAGAUCGGAAG